GUCCUUUAUAAUCUUCCCUUUUCUCUCCACCGGCCGUUUUAAAUUUUUCCUUUGUAGUUUCCCCUUUGUCCUUGCUACUCUGCCGCCAUGAAACCAAAGCUCUGCCUCUAUUUCGCGACGGCGACACUAGCCGUCGCAAUCUCCUCCUUGAUAUUACUCCUCCCACCGAAUCUCAACAACUACGGCCGCCAUCUAAUUAACUAUUAUUAUAAUAAGCCCGCCGGCGAUCGUGAUAAUACAGCCGGCCGCCGGCGGAUCGAGUUCGUGCCGCUCGACGACGGGUCAGUGGGGCCGGAGAGUUUCGCGUUCGGCGGCGGAGGCGUAGGCCCGUUCACCGGCGUGUCGGGCGGCCGGGUGGUGGAGUGGGUGGAAGAAGAACGGCGGUGGAGCGAGUUCGCCGUCACUUCUCCUGAGAGAUAUAGAGAGGGAUGCGACGGGCUAGAUCCACCGCAGCAGGAAGAGAUGGAGCACAUUUGCGGCCGACCGCUAGGAUUGAGUUUCCGCGAAUCCAACGGCGAUCUCUACGUCGCUGACGCGUACAUGGGAUUGCUUCGUGUGGGGCCGCAGGGCGGGUUGGCCGAUCGGAUGGUGACACGUGUCGACGGUGCCCCUCUCGUCUUCACCAACGGCUUGGAUGUUGACCAGUCAUCCGACGUCGUUUACUUCACAGACAGCAGCUCCCGAUUCCAGAGAAGGAUGCACUUAUUGAUUGUCAUUACGGGGGACAAUACAGGGAGAUUUAUGAAGUACGACCCCAAAACUCAACAGAAGACAGUUCUGGCAAGCAACCUGAUGUUCCCAAACGGCGUCGCAUUGAGCCACGAUGGUGAGUCCAUAUUGGUGGUGGAAACGACCAAUUGCAGGGUUUUGAAGUAUGGGCUCCAGAAUGGGGAGAUGGAAGUGUUUGCUGAAUUAGAUGGGUACCCAGAUAACAUCAAGAGAAGCCCAACAAGAGGUUAUUGGGUUGGGCUCUACUCCAAGAGGACAACGUUGCUGAAAUGGUUGGUCUCGAAUCCAUGGAUUGGGAAAUCCCUGGUGAAAUUGGUGCCCUUGGGUGUGAUCAAGAGGGUGAAGUCCAUGUUCAUGGGGAGUGGGAAUGUUGGGUUGGGGGUGAGGUUGAGUGAGAGUGGUGAGGUUGUGGAGGUUUUCAAUAAGGGUGGUGAUGGUGGUGAUGAUUGUUCCGAAGAGUUCGGAUCGAUCAGCGAGAUCAUGGAGAGCGAUGAUGGCGAGUUGUGGGUUGGAUCUGUCGAAUCACCUUUUGCUGCCAGAGUGCAUUGAUUGUCACGUUUUGGUUUCGUUGUUGCUUUAUACUAUGUCAACGAGUGUGUAUAAAGGAUAAAAAAAAGAACUGUACAAUUAAACUAAUCUAACCCUAUCAACAUUCAGCUCUAACAUGUCAUCUUCAAAGGUCACAUCUUCUUCUUCUUCUUCACUUUAGCAGGCUUCUCUUUCUUCCAUAUCUGACAUUAUGCACG